UCAAGGCAUCACAAAACAAGCUCUGCAUCACCUCUCACAAUGGGUCAUGUCAACUUGUGUUUAAAAGGGCUAUUUAUUGGCUUUAACACACUUUUUGGGAUGAUAGGCAUUCUGCUUAUUGUUCUCGGUAGGACUGCAAGCACCAUGGCUGCGGGAGAAGGGCAAAGUGAUAUUUGGCAGAUUUACCUUUUAGGUGGAGCCAUCGCUGCCAUAUCCUGUCUUGGCGUGUUUGGUGCUAGAAAACAGAUCACGUGUGCUUUGAAAAUGUUUUCUGGACUUGUCUGUAUUGGGAUGGUCAUCUGUGUAAUUGCAGGCAUGUCCUUAGCAAGUAAUAGGUCCAUGAUCAUUGAAGCUACUCAAGAACUGCUCAAGGAAGAAGUGAACCAACUUGAAGAUUUUCAAGCUGCAUAUAAGCUUGAAUGUUGUGGAAUUAAUAAGAGCUACACAGACUGGGGCCCAGAAAUUCCAGAUUCCUGUGUUUGUGCACCAGUCCAUCAAGACACAGCAAUAUGUUACCAAGAGGAGACCAAUAUUUCUGAACGAGUUCAAGUCUACAAAGAGAAAACAAUAGUCUUUCUAAAGACUCAAUCACCAUCCUCCAUCACCACCUCCACUUGUGGUGUGGCAGUUUUUGCCAAAGAAAAAUAAUCUCAAGACUCAUUCUGUCUUUUGUGGUGCUGCAGACUUUUCAGGCUUGUUCCAGACCAGCUCUGCCAGAGUGGUGUCUCUGUCACGUGUGACACUGUGCCUGUCUGUCUGCACACCCUGCACUGCACUCAUAUACAACAGAACCCACUAACGCCUACCUGCAAACAUAUCUACGACAAGAACCGAACACUUCCUGAGAACAUAUUUGACUGCACAUACUCUACUCUGUACAUACUCUACUCUGUGCCAUUUUCAGACUAAAUAUUCCUUUGAAACUAACUGAAUACUCCUUUGAGACUUGAAUACUUUGAGAUUUGAUUACUCCUUUGAGACUUGAAUACUUAUUUGAGACUUGAAUACUUUGAGAUUUGAAUACUUAUUUGAGACUUGAAUACUUUGAGAUUUGAUUACUCUUUUCAGACUUGAAUACUCAUUUGAAACUGAAUACUGUGAAUACUACUUUGAAUUAUACUGACACUCUGAAUCCCACUGUGAACCAGCAGCAUCCUGUAACAUACAGUACCUGCAAACAUAUUUCAGACAGUAAUUUACCACUUUCUGAGAGCACAUACUCUGAACUAUAUAAAGAUUCUGAAACAUACUAAGAAUUACCUGUGAACUAUUCGGAUAGAGAACUAUUACUGUGAACUUUACAAACCUCAACCAUUUAUAUAUUUGAAUAAUAUCUGUCAAAAGUUGUCUUUGCUGUUGCAUACCUACUUUUACAUCUGAGCUGUGCUGCAAGGCUGAACUUGGGGUGUGUGAGGACUUCAACUUGAGGGCUCCCUCUCAUUCUUCAUCGGUGUCAUCAAGUGCUCCCUCUACCUAACAGUUCCAGUGCCAUAUUUCAUAAUUUAAUCAAUAAUUAAACUAAAGUAAAUAUUUUGUGUAAA